CUCAUAGCUUACGUUCUUCCUCGAACAACUGUUAGGUUUCCAUUCACUGUUAGGUUUCCAUUCGGAAAUCAUACAUAGAGUCGAGUCAGAACCACACCCACACCCAAACGAGCAUAGAUACAUACAACAACUAGGAAAUCACAAGGACUACAUCCCACACCCACUACACUUGCACACUUCACACACUGAAAAGAUGGUUCGCGCAGUGACAACAAUCGGAUUACUGUACUACCUCGAGCAGGGAGCGGGUCACAGCAAUCUUCCUCGAUCUCCAGGAGAAGGUGGAGGACCGUUGUCUGGAGAAGGAGGACUGUUCUUGGGAGGACAGUUCUUGCAGUUGGAACAAUAUUAUGCAUGGGUUAGAAAUGGUUUACACGGGUUUUUUAGUGUUGGAUCUUUUUAUAGCUGACUCAUCUUUGACUCUUUCUUUGUGCAGAUCAGCCACAACACGAUGGAGAAGGACUGGGUCAGUCAAUCGUCUACAUCUGGGUUACAACCUUAUAAUAUAUAUAACCUAACCUAAUCUAACUCUUGUGCAGGAUCCAUAAUCUAGCCUAACCUUUCUAGGUGAAUAUUACGACAAGAAUACUAUGCUCAUUUCUAGUACUGUAUUCUCUUUCAACUUCCUGGUUUGGCCCACAGUAGGAUGCUGACAAUGGCUUGCAUAGGUUCUGUCCACCUGUGUGAUGCACCUAGGGUCUUCUGGGAUCCACCUGUGUCUUCUGGUAGUACAGGACAACGUUCUUGUAUUGAUACAGCAUCUAUCCUCACGUCGCUAUCAAUCCUCAAUGUGCAGGAUCCCUAACAAUCCUAACCUAUCCUGACCUAUCCUAACCUAUCCUAACCUAUCCUAACCUAUCCUAACCUAUCCUAACCUAUCCUAACCUAUCCUAACCUAUCCUAACCUAUCCUAACCUAUCCUAACCUAUCCUAACCUAUCCUAACCUAUUCUUACCUAUCCUAACCUGUCCUAACCUGUCCUAACCUGUCCUAACCUGUCCUAACCUGUCCUAUCCUAUCGCGUCCUAUCCUAUCCUAUCCUGUCCUAAUCACGUGAUCCCUGACGUAACCUAACUCAAUGAAUCCCACCACGUUCGUGCAGGAUCCGUGACCUAAGCUAACCUAACCAAAAAUCCUGACAUUCAUAUUAUCAGAGAACAAGCGACGAAUACUUCCUCCUCUGCAACGAGCUUUCUGAAAUUGUCGCAAGAUGGGGGACGAGGUACACUCAAAGCUGAUGAUUUAGUACUUCUUUAUUACAUGAUCUUCGUCAGCUGUAGAAGAUCUUCGUCACCUGUAGAAGAACCCCCAUCAUCGUCUUCCAAUUUAUCAUCGUGCCCCACGAUUAUCCCCAUGAAUAUGAAACACACGAUACAGGUGCGUCAGAUAAGGAGCGCAAGAAGACGCCUACAUGUGAGAAGAAACGGCACCAAGGUAAGAAGCGGCAGAGUCGUGAUUCCUCAGGUGUGGAAUUCACAGAGAUUUGCGUUAAGAACGGGAGUAACGUCGAGUGGAAAAGUGAAAAGGAACAUCAGAAGAUGCUGCGGGCGAACAAACGAGACGCAAAAAAAGUGUACUGUCAUUGUUCAAUCAGAAAAACAUCAUGACUAGUGUACUGUCGUUGUUGACUUAGACUGAUUCACUUCUUAAUCUUAAAUUGGUAGCCCUUCUUAUACAAGAUUAUCUUCUACAAAAAAAAGAAUCUUCUCAGGAGCAAUUUGAUUUUCCCUCAACUAUGAGGACUUGUUAUUUCGUAGACACGGAGUAGGCCAGAUCUCUGAAAAAAUUUCAAAUGCAUUAAUUCGUAGAAGUUCCGUUAGAAAAACUAAAACACAUGAUGAUACCUAUGCAGGGCAAAGCAGCUGGCUUAUGUGGAACAACAUCAUGCCGGCAAGAAGCGCAUACGUGUGGGAGACGGUUCAAAUGCGGCAGUUAUGAGAAAAUGUUGACUCUCUUACUCCUACAACUACAUGUUUGUAGAGAAGUGUAUGAUAUUGACAAACAUCGAACGUUAUAAGAUAGAACGCAUCAUCAAAACAAUAGACAAAUUCCUAGAAAAUGCGCGACACUAGAAGAACUUUGACAAUUCAGGUGCAUUUGCUGUUAAGAUGCGGGUGUGCUUCUUGCUAGUCUUGCUUGUUUUCCACUACUUUCCUUCCUUGUCGCAUGAGCCUCACUAGUAGUGUUGCUUAUUAGUCCCCUUUUUACCGGUCUUACUAAUCUAACCUAACCUAACCUUACCGGUCUUACUAAUCUUACGUGUGACUUGACAGAUUUCCUAUUUAGAGGCGUCUUGCGUCUUGUAGUUGUUGAUGUGAGAUUUGUUGCCAUAAAAUAGGACUCCUCCUGCAGCACGGUGAAGAAAGCCUGCCUCCUGGUGCUAUCCGAUCCUACACAUAGUUACAACAUCAUCCUAUCGUCCCAUAGAUGAUCCUCUUCCAAUAUAUUAGAUUAUAUCGUUAUCCCAUCCUAUCGCAUUCAUCCCUAGCAUGCUAUGACGAUACAGUUUUGCUGUCGAAAAUGCGUAAAUACUUACUUAAAAUAAAUACGACGCACCACGGACAGACGCAACAAAAAUAUAUAAUAUAGCUUAUUCUCGUCAUUCUUCUGAGAUCAGUAUAUGACAUCACUCAGCACCUCUGUCAUCGGGUGUGUAGCACUUUCUCCGAUGUGCCCCUCUCUCCGCGAAGUGGCGACUUCAAAAUCCUCACGAUGGUUAUAGUAAAUACCACUACUAUUUUUCGAACAUAAAAACGAUUCACACGCAUGCGAUCAAAAAGUUCCAAAAUAUAAGUCACGCACGAGCAUCAUGAUGCGCUAAUGUUAUAUAAAUGCUCAUCCCAAUUAUAUAAAUGAUCUCCAGCUUCUGAAGGUAUGUUGUCUAAUAGCUGCAGCGACAAAGACCGAGUACUAAAAGUCACGAGUGACUCGGACCCCCUUCUGAUGGGAGAGAAAAGAGGACAGGACAUUGCGGCAGCGCGGAUGUCGUUAAAGAGUGAUCGCUCUUUAGAUGACGACCUGUUAGCCCAAGUACUUCUAGAAUCUUUUUUUUAUUCUUUGGUUGCACUAUUCUUGGAUGUCCUGCUAAUGUCCAUCAUGAUCAUGUCGAAGCAAUAAACUCGGAAUCCUUGUUUUUUAAGAGGUAAACUCUAGAUUUGCAAGGAAGAUCUUGUCUAUUUAUCAAUGGCCUUUCACGCUCCCAAACGUGCACCCAAACGUGCGAUUCCCACACGUUCCUCAGGCAGAGGAGGAGAUAGCGAAGGCGGACAGGGUGACAGCUGCUAGGGAGGGAAGAAGAAGAGGUCUGCCGCGUGCGGACGGGAAUGGAUACGCCAAGCGCCACAAUUUCCGACUCGAGAGCGAGCCUCCGUACGGUAUUAAGCACGGUCUACCAGCGGCGAUAGGGCCUCUAACGAAGCUGCCUCCGGAGAUGCACAAGCUGCAGAAGCGGCUCGACGACAGAAGCGGACGAGCAGCAGUACUUAUCGAGUUAUCUCGUCGCUUUUCGUCUAAGUAACGCAUUUCGUUCUUCUUAGUCUCUCGACCAGAGUGAAGAAUGGACUUGCAUACAGAAUACAUUUUUCUCCUCUACUUGUGUUUCAAAACAGUUUCACCCGUUGGGUCGAUCCGCGUCAUUUCCGCCGCGUUCUUUUUUGGAGACCAGUUUGGACCGUGUGGGCAGGUACCUGCGCUACAAUGCUGGGGCUUCUGCCUCUGGUGCCACGCGCUAUGAUCUGUGGACGGAGCAUGCGUAUGAUCCGUGGAUGGAGCAUGCGUUUUGGGCCUUUGCGUUCGUGGCUGCUUGCAUGCUGUUAAGGCAAGUAGCUACAGUUAGCACCCCUCUAUAGAUACUGUCUCCUAUAUAAAGUAACGGGCAUUAUACUGUCAGGUAUCCGACAGAGGUUUGUGAUGCUGAGAGGGUUAUUCCGAAUACUACGCUUACUCAACAACACGUUUUGUGCGUUUUUCGUAUUUCAGAUUCAUUUCAGAUUCAAUCAGCGACUCAGUUCUAUCGUACCGAUAGUGGUAAUAAAAAUACGUAAUGUCCGUCUAUCCAGUGAUUACUUGAAAGCGCUAAUUUACUUGCUGGCCGUUCUCUGCGUCGCGACUGGUUCAGCGAAGAAGGUGAUGGCGCAUGCCGCGAACGAGAAAUUUCCUUAUGUAUCGGCAUCGUCAUCCUUUAUCAUUCAAUUCUCAUCGUCAGCACUGUCAGAUUACCGAAAGUUGCUAGACAAGUUCGCCGCACCGGUCGUCUAAUAUUUUAAGCUUACUCGAGUCGACUUCUGCUUAUCCUCCUGUACUUGUAAAAGUCAGAUACUGGAGUAGUACGGUCAUACUUUAGACAAGUCUCAGCGCUUUAGGUAGAAACGCAAUCAGAAAGCCUCUAACUUCGUCGCGAGACCGUGGAUGAUCCCUUUGCAUCGCGUUGCGAAGGCUAUAAAGCUCAGAACGAGCGGACCGUGGACGAUUUAUUUGCUUCGUCGUGCUGCGACGGCUCUAUCGCUCAGAAUGAUGCGGUUGACACGUGCAAGCAGGUACUAAAACCUAGAAAAGUUCUUUUGAUCUUCUUGUUGUCACGCUAGAGCAAGGCCACUUAUCAAAGUGGGCUACCUAUGAACAUGAUUCACCAUGGUUUUUCGUCAAAUUCAUCUUCUUGGGAAGUAGUUUUUUCAAUUCCUCGUUCAAAAAUCAUGAUAGAUAAGUAUUUAUUUUUAUCCAAUCAACCUGCAGGGCACCAGUGGAGCGGCUGGCUGCCACGCUAGUAUGGAUCCAGGGAAGAAAUUUCUGGCGCAUGCGGCGAACGACAAAACACCUUAUGGAAGGACCAUGAUGAUUCUACACCAUAGAACUAUUCCGAAUAGGUCUAUGAACGCUGUUCAUGAAAACAAGACUCAUGCAACAUCAAGGUAGUUCGCAGGUUGUCCGAGAGUGUGGCUCUUGGACCACAAUGUCGCAUCGUCAUCAUCAUCCUUUGGUACUCCACUCUCAUCGUCAUCAUCUUUACAUAAUGAAAGGUGUUAGAUAUGAUUACCGAAAGAUCCUGUUAGACUGCUUCCCCUGAUACUGUAGUCGAUUUGAUGUUAUUGUCCUGUACCUGUCAUGAUCAAGUAAACGAGUACUGUCUGAUGUUAAUGCACUGUAGACCUAUUUAUUUCAGUACUCGUACUUACUCUAGGUAUUGUUAUUAAACUGUAGCGCCAAUUUUCAGUACUUCUACUUGAUAGGCGGGGAUGUGGGAUGUGCUGCACUUUAGGUGUUGAACAACAAGGACGCCUCUAAUGUGUUCUGAAGAAUGUGGAUCCCAACUUCGUUUCGCCUUACGCAGGGUAUUGCGGUGGCGGUCAGAACAAAGCGGCUGACAAGUGCAGGAAACACGUACUAACCUAGAAAGUAUUUGAUCUCCUUGCUGUCACGAUCAAUCAAAGCCACACCUUUUCCCAUCGGGGUCGAGUACUUACUCAUGAAAAUGAUUCACCAUGCUUAGCUUGUUGAGCAGUAGUUUUGUCUACUAGCACAACUAAAAAGGUUCUGGUAUUAUAUGAUGAAUCUAUCUUCUUCUGACGUGCCUUAAAAUCAUAAAUGUGUAAUCACACCUACGCAAGGUAUCUACUCUCGCUGAUGCGGCUUCUGUGCAUGACAUGGGCAGUAGUGGAACGGUUAGCCGCCAUAUUGGGAUCGGCGCAGCAAUGUAGAAGACUUGUACUGUAAUUUGGGAGACGGGUAGUCGCCUCAUGGUAGAACAUUUAGGCGACAAGAGUUAUGUUACUCUUCUUGACACGUUGUAGGGAGAGUUGUGUUACUAUUGACGUAGGGAGCUACGUGGCUGUUGACGUAGGAGGAGCAGAGACGGGGAGUCGUCUCAUGGUAGAACAAGAUAGCUUAGUAUGAAUGUUACAGUACUGAAACCAGAGGUGAAGGGUGACACGUGACGCAGAGUUUUUUCGAUUUGAUUUGUCGUUUGAGAAUGAAUACAACAGAAAUACGAAUUUAUUAUAGAUGUGGGAACUUAUUAUUUAAUGCAGCAGUGAGUCUGAAUUUCCAUCGUGGCAGUCAGAAUGGAUUGCUCGUUGAGAGUAUGUGCAUAUAUUGGAUGUAACAUCAAACAUCAUGAAACUGGUAGCACUCAAUGGAUAAGGCCGAAGGAAUGCAUAAGAAAACUCGACCAAGUCGCAAUGUACUUUAGAAAACAGUAGAAAGGAACUACUCGGGAAAUGUUGAAGAUUUAUCUAGAUGGCUACUGAAACAAACGCCGUAGAAAUAUCAAACAUGAUCUAUCUAAAUGUACGUAGAUAUUUAUUGGGAAUCCGACCGUCAGAAUUCAAGAAGCCAAAUUGCACAGGGAGUUGAAAAAAAUAUGUUGUACUUGUAUCCGCGUUUUUUGGUUCCUCGUCCAUGAUGAUGGAGGCUGUUUAGUAAAAACUGUAUAUUAGAGUCUGCUUGUGAACACUAGGACUGCUUAUUUACACCCUCAAGGUGGUGCGUUUUUUAUACAAUUGCCGGCCUGUUUCAUUUGUGCAAGUCGUGAAGGUUUUGCAUGAUUCUCAUGCGGUUGCAAAGUUGUCAAAUGUGUGGACCUUCUUGCUUACAGGUAACACCAUAAGGAUCCACAUCAUUGGCGUGGCAUUUCAGUGCUGUGACCUUUGUCACCAUGGGACUGCAAUGAUUUCCAUAGCGUGCAUGUUGAUAAUCUUCAUACUCAUACGACGAGGAUCGUCAUCUUCUUCGCCUUCUUAUUCUUCUGAUAUUUGCGGAACGGGGGAACUGGAUCAGAGUCGAAUGAAAACUGUAUAGGGUGAGUCGCUGAGUCAUCAUUUACCAUUUGCUGCACACAUCAUAAUCACGUCGGUCAUUUAAGAAUUCUGCGCUGUUGCAUAGAGGGGUUUAACUAUAUGUAGAGAGUCAACCUAUGAAAUCUACGCAACAAGAAUGCAUAUUUUGGUGAAGUUGGAGAUGCGAAGGGUUAGUUGAAGGCACGGAAAAGAUAGCCUAAAAGUGUCUGUAAAUGAAGAGUAUGUGUAAACAGAGUUUUUCUUGGCUCGAGCCCGAACAAGGGAUGGGGUGCAAGACGAAUUAAAAUACAGAAAUGGGCGCAGCGUUGCCCCGUUGUGUUAGUACUUAUUCGAACCAAGAAUAAUUUUCCUAGAAUGUAAUUCUAAUUGAAUAGGGGACGGGAAGAUCUAUCUAGAUGUCUGUAGUACCGAGUAUGCCUGUAAGAAGUAGAUAUUGGCAUCCAAGAAAACAAUAGAUAUGAGGAGUUCGACGAGAUAUGUAUUCGCUUUUUUUUUUGGUUCUUCAUCUCCUCAAUGGUAGGGGUUUCUUAACAUGAGGAAGGGGCGUACAGAGUAAUUGUGACCUACGUGGGCGUACAGAGUAAUUGUGACCUACGUUGUACACAGAAUAUUGCUUGUUUGACACUUAAAACCAUUAUGCCACUGCUGUACAUCAAUGUGAUUGGAUUAUUAUCUUCAAGAGGAAAAUGAGAGGACUCGGUGGAUGUAAAAAGCCCGACGUGGAUGUAGAGGAACUGCUCCGACGUGCU